AUGAAGACUUACCUGCAAGCCUUUGAUCUGUGGGAAGUUGUCAACACUAAUGCUGAGCUAGCUCCACUCAAAGUCAAUCCCAUAGUGGCUCAAAUCAGGCAAUACACAGAUGAGAGGACCAAGAGGCAUAAAGUCAUGUCUUGCAUUCAGAACUGUGUGUCUGAUGUUAUUUUCACUAGAAUCAUGGCUUGUGAGACUCCAAAGCAGGCCUGGGACAAGCUUAAGGAGGAGUUCCAAGGCACAGAGAGGACAAGGCAACAACAGUUAUUGAAUUUGAGAAGAGAUUUUGAAAAUUUGAAGAUAAAGGAGGAAGAAACAGUGAAGCAAUACUCAGAUAGAAUCAUGGCUAUUGUGAACAGCAUAAGGUUGCUAGGAGAACAGUUCAGUGAGGCAAGGAUUGUAGAGAAGGUGUUCUCAACAUUGCUUGAAAGAUAUGAGGCAAAAAUCUCAUCCCUAGAGGAUUCGAGAGACCUUGCAAGCAUCUCCUUAACUGAGCUCAUUAAUGCCCUUUAUGCUCAGGAGCAAAGGAGAGCCAGCAGGAUGGAGGAGCACCAGGAAGGUGCUUUUCAAGCUAAGGCCAAAGCUGCCUCGAGCAUCUCUGCCUAUAAAGGCAAGAAGAACUGGAGAAGUAGGCCUAAGCUUGAUACUGCAAGAAGGGGAGAUCAACUCUCAGAUAUUGUAAAAGGCCUAGUCAUCCAGAGGCCAAAUGUUGGUUCAGACCAGAUGUCUUGUGUCAACAUUGAAAGAAGAAAGGGCAUGUUGAAAGGGUAUGCAAAGAAAAAGGCAGACCUGGGCAAAAUCAAGCAUAACACAAGAAUGAAGAAGCUCGAGUGGCUGAAGACAGUAGUGACCAUGAAGAGCAGUGGUUGCACAAACCAUACGUCACCAGAUGCAACCAUUUUCAAAACAUUGGAUAGAAGCUGGAAAACCAAGGUGAAAAUUGGCAAUGGUCAGUUCAUCAAGGCUGAAGGAAAGGGAGAUGUGCUAAUAUGCACUUCCACGGGAGAUAAGGUCAUCACAAAUGUGCUGCUGGUGUCUGAGAUUGACAGGAACCUUCGUAGCAUUGCUCAACUGCUUGAAAAGGGCUACUCAGUUGUGUUCAAGGGCUAG